AUGUCUAAGAUGAAAGAAAUGUCGGAUAAUAAACUAAGACCAUUCAAAUUUCAAGAAAAGAGCGAAGUCGCACAUCUGAAUGGCAUCGACUACUUCGAUCCAUUUCUCGACAGAAACUUGGAACACCCAACCACGAAUGGUGAGACCCUGACUCACUUACUCAAAGCAUCUCUGGGAACUGGAAUUCUGGCCAUGCCGCUAGCAUUCCAGUGUUCGGGACUUAUAACUGGCAUAUUCGCAACACUGUUUGUGUCGUUUGUGUGCACGUAUUGCUCGUAUUUACUGGUGAAAUGUGCUCACACGCUUUACAGGCGAACAAAAGUAUCAUCCAUGAGCUACGCAGACGUGGCUGAAGUGGCGUUCGCCAACGGACCCCAAUGGUCUCGAAAGUUCUCGUUGAUAACCCGCCAGUCGGUGCUUUGGCUGCUUUUCGUCACAUACUUUGGAACAUGCAGCGUGUACACAGUGAUCAUUGCCUCUAACUUUGAACAGCUGUUUGCACACCACAUGGGUUACAAGCUGGACCUCCGGUUGUUUAUUUUGAUUCUGCUCAUACCGCUUAUACUGCUCAGCUACGUUCCGAAUCUCAAGUACUUGGCGCCCGUGUCUAUGGUGGCCAACCUAUUGAUGGCCACCGGUCUGGGCAUCACAUUUUACUAUACGCUGUGUGAAGUACCCAACAUUUCAGAAAGGCCAGCCGUGGGGACACUUGAAACGUUCCCAACGUUCUUCUGCCUCACUGUGUUUGCCAUGGAAGCCAUUGGAGUGGUGAUGCCGUUGGAAAACAACAUGAAAACGCCCAGAAGCUUUUUGGGAGUUUUUGGCGUGCUGAACAUCGGCAUGGGCUGCGUGACCAUUGUGUACAUUUUGCUCGGUUUCUUUGGUUACUUGAAGUACGGUGAAGCAACGAAAUCGAGUAUAACUUUAAACCUUCCUACUGAAGACCUUGCCGCACAGGUGGCUAAAAUAUGCAUUAGUUUAGCAGUGUUCUGUACGUACGGUCUACAGUUUUUCGUAUGCUUGGAAAUCAUGUGGAACAAAAUCGAGGAAACCUUUGAAAGAACCACAAUUUUGCAUAACUACGUUUUGAGGACGGUGCUGGUGAUUGCAUCUGUGUUGAUAGCGGUAGCUGUACCGACAAUCGGUCCGUUCAUUGGACUCAUCGGUGCCUUCUGUUUCUCACUGCUCGGCAUCGUUGUGCCCUUGAUCAUAGAGUUUGCCACAUACUGGGAUGAAGUAACCGUCUGGAUGGCCGCCCGGAACGUGGUACUGAUCGCUGUCGGCGUCUUGGCGUUGGUCUUCGGCACAGCCAACAGCAUAGCCGAUAUAGUAGCCGCGUACGAUCCUGCUCAGGCGGUCGAGUGCGCCAUCAACUCCACACUGACUCAGCCAAUUACGGAGUGA